AUGAAAAUGAACAUGGAAUAUUCAUGUAUUGGAUUAAAUAAUUUACCUGAUGAAAUUCUUAUGAUUAUUUUUCAAAAAUUGAACAAUAUUGAUGUACUUUAUUCUUUUCAAGGUGUCAAUCAACGACUAAAUAAAAUAAUUCAUGAUCCAAUUUUUACAAGUCGUUUGUCUUUUGUCAAAUGGUUAUCAGAUGAUUUUAUCGAUCUAUUUUGUUUUGAUAUAAUGCUUAAUCGAUUUUGUUUAAAAAUUCUACCUGAAAUUCAUGAUAAAAUAAAAUGGCUUGAUCUUGAAUCAUCAUCUAUGAAACAUGUUUUACAUGCUAUCAUUUAUCCUAAUUUAGAUACUCUUGGUCUUUAUAAUAUUAAUGAAGAAUCAGCUCGAUCUCUUUUUACUGAUGAAACUCUUUCAUCUGGUAUUUUCAAAAAUCAGAUUACAACACUUAUUACAGUUUAUAAUCAUAAUGAUUAUGAAAAAAUGAUAUUGUCAGUGGAAAAUAUAUUUGAUAAAAUCCUGACUGUUUUUACUCGUCUGAUUACUUUUGUAUUAUAUGAAUCAUCGGAUAGAAAUUGUGUUCGAUUACAUUUUGAUGAUUUCCAACUUCCUAAGAUUCGUUCUUCCACUUAUGAAAUUGAAUAUCCGUGUACAUACUUUUGA